AUGGAGCGGACAACACCUGAUUUGGAAGAAUCGGAAAUGAAGCAGAGUAAGCUCAAGCUCACCCUGAUGUGGAAGGACCUUUUGGAGCACAUUGACUUCACCAAGAAGGAUCAGGAAACCCAAUUUGGCAUCCUUGAGAACCAGUUGGAAGCCAAAGCCAAUGAAUUGGAUGGAAUUGACAAGUUGCUACAAGAGAAAGUAAAGGAGGUCGAAUCGAGUAAGCAGCACUUGUGCUCCCUUCAGUUACUGAUCCAAGAACAUGAAGAAGAGCUUUCUCUGAAAGAGAAGCAAUUCUCGGAUGUUCAGAGAUGCGUUGGAAACAAGGAGAGGGAGUGUGAGUUAAUUGAUAUACGUAUUCAAGAUCGAAAAAAGAGAUUCCAAGAAUGUGAAGAAGAGCUUUCUUUAUUAGAGAAUCGAUUCUCGGAUUUUGAGAGAUCGGUUGGAGAGAUGGAGAGGCAGUAUGAUGUAAUGGGGAAACGAAUUCAAAAUCGAGAAAAUCGGUUGAAUUGGCUUGAGAAAACCGUGGAAGAGAAGUCGAAAUUGGUUGAGUUUAGGAAGAAGGAACUGAAAGUCAUUCGUGCACAGCUGGACAAGUGCUCCCAGAAGAUUGAGUUGAAAGAGAGGCAAUUCAAUGAGAUUCUGGGGUCAAUUGAGGAGCAGCAGGAAGAAUUUUCUUUUAAAGAAAAGCAAAUUAAAGCGGCACAAAGAUCAGUUGAUAACUGUGACAAAGAGAUAAAAUUAAAAGAGGAGAAACUUAGUUUGAUUCAGAAAUUGAUAAUGGACUGCUCUAAUACACUCAAAUCGAGAGAGAAAAGUAUUAGGGCAAUGGAUUUGAAAAUGAAAGAUUUUUGUUUGCAUAAAAAGACAAUGGAGGAGUGGUCCUGUAAACUUGAACUGAGAGAGAAACAGUUUGAGUCAAAAGUUGACGAUCUCAAUAACAGGAUCAACGAAUGCCUCAAUGAGGUUCAGUUGAAAGAAAAGCAUUUUGAUUCAGUUGAAAAUUCGAUACAGGAAAGCGAAAAGCAUUUGGAUUCGCAAGAAAAGUCAUUACAAGAAUAUUCCAAUGGACUUGAAAUGAAAGAGAGGCAACUUGAGGAAUGGGCCAAAGAAAUUGAAUUGAAAGAACAACAAAUUGAUUCAAUUCGAGCGUCCACUGAAGACCACACCCAAAAUCUGGAGUACACCCCCGCCAGUAUUAUCGCAGUCCCUUCUUCCUCAAGUAAUCAAUCCAGCAUGAAAAGGGAUGGUAGAGGCUUGCAGUUGCUCAUGAAUGAGCAUUUGAAGAGAAUUGCCUUAUUGGCUAGCGAAAUGCCUGCUCAUCUUAAAGCAUCAUCAGACCCAGCAGAAUUGGUUUUAGAUGCAAUGGAAGGGUUUUACCCUCCAAAUUUGGGUGCGGACAAAAUGAAGUUUGAUUUUGAUCUGACAGUUAUUAGAAGGAGUUGUGUUCUUCUGUUACAGGAGUUAAAGAGGUUGUCACCACAGAUUAAUCAUCAGGUGAGAGAAGAAGCAAUUAAGUUGGCGGCUGAUUGGAAGGCUAAGAUGACAGUGGCAGCUGAGAAUAGUUUGGAGAUUUCGGGGUUUCUGUGGCUGCUUACGGCAUAUGAAUUGACCUCUACUUAUAAUGCGAGGGAACUUCAAAGUCUUCUUGCUAUAGUUGCUCAAACGGAACAUGCAACUGAACUAUGCCAAGCCCUUGGCAUCACAGAAAAAGCACCUGCUGGAAACAGAGUUUCUUUCCCUGUCAAAAUUGAGGAACCAGAAUCCUCACCCGUCAGAAAUGUAGCAACUUCUUCUUCUCCAAAUCUUCAACUAGAUGCCAUCACAUAUGCAAGGAAUUUGCAGCAGCGUCUAGAUGAGCAUUUUAGUGAGAAUAAUUCAGUACAGAGCAAAAUGUUUGAUUAUUUACGAGUGUCAAUUGACCCAGGAAGACUUGCUCUGACGAUGAUGCAAAAAUCUCUUUCUGAAUACUGGAGAAAAGGAGGUCUCGAAGCAACUGUCAUGAUGAAGAACAUCUCCAUGUUGGAGGAGCUAGUGCAAGUCUUGCCGCAUGUUGGAUCUCAUGUGAGAAAAGAUGCAGAAGAGCUAGCGGUCAAGUGGAAAGCAAAAAUGAGAGCCAAUACUGAUAAUUCAUUGGAGAUUUUGUGUUUUUUGCAAUUUAUAGCUACAUAUGGAUUGGUUUCUACCUUUGAUGUAGAUGAGACGGUAAAGCUUCUUGGGAUGAUUUCUCAGCAUAAACAGGCUAUAGAAUUACAUCAGACACUUGGUGUUGCAGAUAAGAUCCCUGAUUUUAUUCAGAAUCUUAUUGAAAGGAAGCAACUCAUUGAGGCUAUUAGAUUUAUCUGCACCUUCAACUUAAUCGACAAGUUCCCGCCAGCACUACUCCUCAAAGAAUACAUGGAGGAUGCAUGGCAGUCUUUCUGGACAAUUUGGCUGGCAAAAGAAUCACGUGAUGAAAAGAAUAAGGUUGUAGACAAGCAAAUAGCUGAUCUAAGAGCUGUGAUUCGAUGCAUCAAAGAUUACAACCUCGAGUCUGAAUACGCAUCCAAGGACAUUGAAAUACAACUUGUUGAGCUUGAAAAGCUAAGGGGUACUUGGAGACAUUCUGGGAGACCCUAUGCCUUUGAACGAGAGCUGGAAAAAAGGAAGGAAAGUAGUAGCAGCACUUCUGACCCCAGAUUUCAACCACCAGAGAAACGUCAAGCCAUAGCAGCUGCUAGACCCUGUGCAUCGUCGACUUUCACCCGUGGCUAUCCGCAGUUAAAUUCGUCAUCUCAGCUGCGGUAUGGACAUCCUGUGCAGUUUGACAUGGCGGCCAACGACCAUGAAGCUGCUGGUGCUAACUUUGGUGCCAUGGAGUUAAGUCUGUCAUCUAGGCUGCAUUCUGGACACCCUGAGCAGUUUGGUAUGGCUGCCAACGUCCGCGAAAUUGGUGCUAAUUUUGGUUGGAUGCCAUUAAGAAUGUCACCUCAGCUGCUUGAAAAUGAUGCACACCCUGUACGGUUUCUUCGUGUGGCUGCUAGCGACCAUGAAAUUGGUACUAAUUUUAGUGCCACGCAGAAUGCUGGGUUACUUCACCCUCAUCACUUGUUGCCCAGCCCUCAUAGUUAUCACCCUAAUUGA